UUUUACUAAAAUAUCUAGAUAACACAGACUAGUAUUCAAAACAUCAUAAACUAGUAUCCAGAUAGCAGAUACCAACUAAUAUCCACAAUCAACCAACUAGUAUUCAAUAUGGAUACUCUUAUGUGUUAUCUGGAUACUCUUAUGUGUUAUCUGGAUACUAAUUAUGUUCUGUAUGGAUACUAUUCUGUGUUGUUUAGAUAUUAGUUUGUGAAUUUGGGUUAAUGGUUGAUUCAUGGUGGAUAUCAAUUAGCGAACCUUGAAUACUAGUCUGUGCUCUCUAGAUACUUUAGUACUUGGAUACUAGUUCAUGUAUUUUGAAUAUCAGUUAGUAUCUGCUAACGAAUCUUCAAGUUAGCAGAUUAACUUUUUUCUUUGUUUUUAAUAUUAAAAAGUAACACGCCAAAGGUAACAAAGCCGAGUUGGUCGGGAGUGUGGUCUUUCGGGCUUGAGAAGUGUGAGGUCUCAGGUUCGAACCCCGCUACACCACUUGGUGUUCCCGGAGGCACCGCGAGUGCUGGAGACGAAGUCUCCUCCUAGUAUCGGAUGUUAGGCCUUGAAAUGUUGCUGAUGCAGGUACUCCCCGGGUUUAGUAGACAACGCUGCCACAAAGUGGCAUGUGGGGUUGAGGUUCCUUGGGAAUAAAAAAAAAGUAACACACAUAAAAAGGUAGGUACAUAGUUGGAAGAAAAAAUAACCCAACAAUCUCUACGAAAAAAUCUCAACAAUCCCACAAAAAACUUGAGAUUUAGGGGACGUUUGGAAGUUGCGAUAGUUUUGUUGAGAUUGUCAUUAUGCAUGUAUUGUUUACAAUGCAUCAUUUUUUUUGUUUUUUGUUUUUUUAGCAGAAACAAUACAUGGAUUGUUUAUGUGAUGUGACAGAAACUAUCACUCAUUUUGAGUGAUUGUUAUAUCUCAACUUUUAGUUGUGAUUGUUGACAUAGUUGAGUUGAGAUUGUUUUGUCUCAGUUUUUAGCUGAUGCGACAUAGACAAUCACACAUACCAAACGUUGUAUUCUACAAUGCAUCAAAUUCGACAAUACAUGUAUAAUAUUAUACAUGCAUUCUCAACAAUACAUCUAUUUAACAAUCACAACUUCCAAACGACCCCUUAACUAUCACUCAUUUUGAGUGAUAGUUUGUGUCACAUCAAGCAAACAAUGCAUUUAUUGUUUGUGCAGAAAUUAAAAAAAAACAAUGCAUUGUUGACAAUACAUGCAUUGUAACUAUCUCCAUCAAACAAUCACCAAAACCAAACGACUCCGUAGUCUAUGUAAACUAAUACUUUGAUAUUUUCGGUGACCGGUAAUCAAACACGAUAGUGUUUAUCUAUAGUAAAUUAUGAAAAGGAUGAUGGAUAUCUCUAUUCCCUAAUAUUCUUUAUCAAUAUAGUUACAUUUCAUGUAUGUACAAAUUUUCAUGUUGUGUAUAUCCUCUGUCAUGCUUUGACUACUAUGAAAUCUCUCACACGAGCACAAAAUCGUUAAAGUAUUUCUUCUCCAAUACAUGUUAAGAGCUCAUAUUCGAACAAAUAUCUCUAAAGUCAUUAGCCCAUAUUUGAACUCUACUUCUAAGAACGAGAUGAGUAUAUCGAACCUAAUUAAUAGCGGCUCAUUCUCUAACAUCAUCUGGUUAGCUAUUGAGAUUUUUCUUUUCGUUCUUAAUCGUGACUAUUAUAUGUUACCAAAGCAUCUACCCUUACCAAUCAUUCACGAAAUAUGAUCGCACAAAUUAAUAUAUCACUCACUAUAGAGCAAAUUGUAUGACAGUAAAUAGUAAAUACGAAUCGAAAUCCUAUACUUCAAUUAAACUACAAGCACGAUCAACCACCAUAUCAUCCUACCAAAAUAUGCAAAUACAACAGAGAAAGGCAAGAAAAAAGGGAAUGGUUUCUUAUACUAUUGGAAACUCUAAUGAUGGCAAUUUGAACUCGACCCAAGCUAGUGUGGGUAAUAUCAGAUUCACAAGAGCACUUCUACUAUGCUAUAUAGUAUUGGUGUUUUAAUGUACAACUUAAAGUUGUACCAUAACAUUAAAUGUAUAAGUUUAGGUUGUACCAUAAAGCAAUUUGUAUCAUUAUGUUAUGGUACAACUUUACAACUUGAAGUUGUACCAUCACAUAAAGGUACAAGUUCAAGUUGUACCAUAAAAGAAUUUGUACAAAAAGUAUAGGUACAAUCUGAAGUUGUACCAUAACGUAAAUGUACAAUUUUAAGUUGUACCAUAAAUGCAUAUCCCUAUAGCACCAAUACUAUAUAGCAUUGUAAAAUUUCUCGAUUCACAAUUGUAUGGAAUAUAACAUGGGUACUAUUUUGUCCUCUCUUGUCCUCUCCAGUCACGUUCUAUUUCAAUAUCUUUCUACUAACUGAACUCUAUUAAUCUACUGAUUAUCUCUAUUUUUCAUUUAUAAACUAUUUUUCCUUUGUUUUUUCGUUAAAAAAUAAAACUCUUUCUUAAAAUAAUGUGUAAGAAUGGGUUGACUUGUAUCCACGUAGGUAUAUAAAUAGUGUUAAAAUAUCAAUCUGGCCAAAUCCCAGCAAAAUAUAUAAAUAGAGAGGUACAGAAUCUGACAUAAUCCUCUAACAAUCCCCUCAAGUAUCACACAUAAUGGAGCACCACAAACCACAACUGACUAGCCAACUAACUUAACUGGGUUACUGCAAAAAUUGCAGACCUGCAACAUUACACAACUCCCUUGCACAGCUUCAAAGUCUCCCCAAUGCCAACUUUCAGCAUAUUAGUUUAACAUCAUCCGUGGCCAAAUCGGAUUAUCACGAGCUGAACAUAACAUUAAACAAAGUUUAGCAGUUUUUAUUGUAACUUAACAUAGCUGUUCAAAGGGUUUUUCAUAGAGAGAGAAGGAAAUCAAUGGAUGGAUGGAUGGCUGGCUGGGAUUUAGCUCUCUGUUAAAGCUGGUUUCUUUUAACCAUUUUACCAUAUUUAGGACCUUAAUAUUGUCUUGUUAGUUGUUUCAUAAUCAUUUUUAGUCUGUUAAACCAUCUUUUUUCCUUCUUCUUGUUAUUAAUGAUUGAUACACCUCUCUCCCGCCAUCUCUCUCUCUCUAACGAAUUCGACAUUAUAUAUGUACAUAUUUUAAACUCAGUUGUUCUCCCUUUCCAAUUCAGGAGGAUCCUCCAUCCAUCCUUCAAUCAAUUCAUCCCCCAUUUCUCCUUUUGCCAAAUAGGUAAAACUAAAGGCUCAAUCUUCAAUCUUCCCCUUUUCUCCUCCCCUGUUUUCUUCCUAAUCAUGAUGAAUUGUGUGUACAUAUGGUUGUUGCGAUGAAUUGCAGGACAUUGAGGAAGAAGAACAUCAAUCAUGGCGGAUACGAUGUCUGGAAUUCUUCCGGACAAGAAUCCCAGACCGGGGCUCGACGAGCUCUCGGAGGAAGAGAUGAAGAAGAAGAAGGCAGGGGGAGGAGGGGGAUCGUUCAAGAAGAAGGUGUCGAACAGGUUCCGGAGCUCGCUGACGAAGAAGGGUCGCCGGAACAGCAGGGUGAUGUCGAUCGCCGACGAGAUCGACGCCGAGGAGCUGAGGGCCGUGGAUGCUUUCCGGCAGGCUUUGAUUCUCGACGAGCUUCUUCCGGCAAGGCACGACGAUCACCACAUGAUGCUUAGGUUUUUGAAGGCGAGGAAGUUCGACAUUGAAAAGGCCAAGCAGAUGUGGGCGGAUAUGAUCAACUGGAGGAAGGAUUUCGGUACUGAUUCGAUCAUGGAGGAUUUUGAGUUCAAGGAAGUAGAUGAAGUGAUGCAGUACUAUCCACAAGGGUACCAUGGAGUCGACAAAGAUGGCAGACCGGUGUACAUCGAGAAGCUCGGGGAAGUCGAUGCUAACAAGCUGGUUCAGGUUACGUCGUUGGAUCGAUAUGUGAAGUACCAUGUUCAGGAGUUUGAGAAGGCGUUUGCUUACAAGUUCCCGGCUUGCUCAAUUGCUGCUAAGAAGCACAUUGAUCAGAGCACCACCAUCAUUGAUGUUCAAGGAGUUGGGCUUAAGCAGUUCACCAAAACUGCCAGGGAGCUCAUCAGCAGGAUUCAGAAGAUCGAUGGUGACAACUACCCUGAGACGCUGAACAGGAUGUUCAUCAUCAAUGGUGGAGCUGGAUUCAGGCUUCUGUGGAACACUGUUAAAACGUUUCUGGACCCCAAGACUGCUGCCAAAAUCCAUGUUCUUGGGAACAAGUACCAGAGCAAGUUGCUUGAAGUGAUUGAUGCUAGUGAGCUUCCAUCAUUCUUUGGAGGCACCUGCACUUGUGCUGACAAGGGUGGCUGCAUGAGAUCCAGCAAGGGUCCAUGGAAUGAUCCUGACAUCCUCAAGAUGGUUGAAAACGGUGAGGGUAAAUGCCGUAGGAGGACAUUGUCUGGGAUUGAGGAGAAGUUAAUCCCUGAAGACAAGGAGCCCAUCAAGGUCUCCAGCAGCAAUGAAGCAGAGGACCUCAAACCUUAUCCAGUUCCUGUUCCUGUUCCUGAGGAUCAUCCCAUCGUCAACAUGAUGAGCAGGAUCACCCCAGACGAGUACGAGAAGUCCAUCCAAGUCAUCGAGAAGACCAUCGAUGCCAAUUGGAAAGCUUCUCCAGGAAAGGUUGAUGUUCUCCCUGAGGAUGGUGCCAUUGUUCCCGCAAACGGGAAGCACAUGAUUGGGGGGAUCAUGGCCGUGGUGAUGGGAGUGGUGUCGUUGAUCCGAAUGACAAAGACAGUGCCGAGGAAGCUGACCGAGGCAGCCAUCUAUGGCAGCAAGACCUACUACUCUGACUCCCUCAACGACCACGCAGCUGUUGCUGCUGGUGCCAGUGCCUUCACUGAAUCCUCCAUCACCACCUCGGACUACAAGAAAAUGAUGAUGAGAAUGGCUGAGGUGGAAGAUAAGCUGAACACUCUCUGCUCAAAGCCCGACGGGAUCCUUCCUGAGAAGGAGGCCAUGUUGAUGAACGCAAUUAACCGUGCUGAAGCCAUCGAGAAGGAGCUCUGUGCAACUAGGAUGUUGCUAGUGGAAGCUGUGGAGAAGCAGCAGGAACUCCUGGCUUACAUUGAGAAGAAGAACAAGAAGAAGAAGAGGUUCUUCGGGUUCUGAACGAGAAAUUAGUUGCUCCAUGACACAGGCUAAUUGAGGAUGUGAGGCUACUGAUCAUGCUUACUUCUUUUAUGUACUUUUUUGGGUUCUUGGGGGAUAUCCAUGACUGACUUGAGUCCUUUUGGCUCCUGGAUUGCUGCUUUGCUUUGUAUAUUAUUAAGUUAAUCUCUUCACAGGCUUUUGUAUAGAGCAGCAUUGUAAUGAAUUGUUACAACUUCUUGUAAUCUGAUUAAAUGGAGGGUUCUUUGCAUAUUAUUGAACAACAGCAUCCUGCCAAUGGUUCUACCCUAAGAGAAUUUAUUUAUUACUUUCCUCCUAUCUCUCAUUCGUAGCAAGUACGAAUGAGAAAAAUAUGAGUUCCAAGUAAGAACUCCAGAAUGCUAAAUGAUAGCAUAGCAGUCAUCAGAAAACACACCAGUAUCAAGACAAUAGUAAAACGAAAACAGAUACGGGAGAAGCGAAUCUCAACACAGCUUUUUCAUGUCUGUCUAGCAGUUAAUUUUUUCUUCACUUCUUACAGAGAGUCGGUUUGCUCAAUGCUUUAAGCAUACUUGUUCAUUGAUAAAAGUAGCUUACAUGAGUUACAUCUCAUUAUACCGUACAAUAGUAGCCGAGAAAUUUGUUCAUUUCACUCAGUUAUCUAUCAAAUAGUAGAGGCAUAGAUUUCAGGAAAAAAUCUCACAAUACUCA